GGGGAGGCUAAGAGACUUGGACUCGUUGGCUGGGUCCAGAACACCAGCCAUGGCACCGUGCAGGGACAAAUUCAGGGUCCCACCGCCAGCGUACGGGAGCUGCAGGAGUGGCUCAGGAAGGGGGGAAGCCCCCAGUCCCGCAUCAGCCGCUCCCGCAUCAGCCGAGCCGAGUUCAGCAACGAGAAGAAGAUUGUGGCGCUGGAGCACAAGGAUUUCCGGAUUUUGAAGUAG